ACUCUCAGUAUCCCUGCCUCCUGGGUCCAAAUGGAGUCCUCUACAGCCUUUGAGAAUGUCACCUUUUAUUAUGAUGAUACACCAAGUCGUCUAUGUGAGAACAAGACCAUCUUUGCCACCUUCUCCACCAUUGUCUUGUAUUCUCUGGUAUUUCUCCUCAGCCUGGUGGGUAACAGCCUGGUUUUCUGGGUCUUGGUGAAAUAUGAGAAUCUAGAGUCACUCACCAAUAUCUUCAUCCUCAACCUGUGUCUAUCAGACCUUAUGUUCUCCUGCCUACUGCCUGUGUGGGCCUCAGCACAACACUGGGGUUGGUUGCUAGGUGAUUUCCUCUGCAAGCUCCUCAACCUGAUAUUCUCCAUCAGCCUCUACAGCAGCAUCUUCUUUCUCACCAUUAUGACCAUCCACCGCUACCUGUCUGUAGUGAGCCCCAUCUCUACUCUGGGUAUCCAUACCCUCCGCUGCCGUGUGCUGGUGACUAUAUCUGUGUGGGCAGCCAGCAUCCUGUCUUCCAUCCCUGAUGCUAUCUUCCACAAGGUGAUUUCCCCAAAAUGUGAUUAUUUUGAACUCCGUGGGUUCUUGGCCUCAGUCUAUCAGCACAACAUCUUCUUCCUCCUCUCUAUGGGGAUCAUCCUGUUCUGUUAUAUACAGAUUCUCAGGACCUUGUUUCGCUCAAGGUCCAGACAGAGGCACCGGACAGUCAGACUCGUCUUCACCAUCGUGGUGGCAUACUUCCUCAGCUGGGCUCCCUACAACCUCAUCCUCUUCCUAAGGACACUGCAGGAAACUGGAAUCAUCCAGCAGACAUGUGAGACCAGGCAGCAGCUGGACAUGGCCAUGAUCAUCUGCCGCAAGCUGGCCUUCUCCCACUGCUGCUUCAACCCAGUGCUUUAUGUCUUUGUUGGGGUCAAGUUCCGUAGACACCUAAAACGUCUCCUCCGGCAGGUCUGGCUGUGCCGGCAGAAGACAUCUAGCCCUGUCCCAUCCUCCUACUCUCCUGGUGCCUUCAUGUAUGAGGGCCCCUCCUUCUACUGA